AUGUCAACCACGCACAUUAUGCGUUGCGUCGGAAGCAUCAUCGUCUUCCUUGCGAUCAGGAAUGUCGCAGCAGCGCCGGUCGCCGUCGACAACUCCCUCCAUGCUCGCGAGGCCAACGCUCUUUACAACGAUCCAGACGACCACGGCGAUGGACGUUGGCCACCGGAAGAGGGGUCCAUCAAGGCCCGCGAGGGCAAGGACGUUACCAAAGAUCCAGACAACCACGGCAAUAGAGCAUAUCCAGCAAUAGAGCAUAUCCCUAAACGGGACGACAAACACUGCGACGUCUGCUCGUCGGCUUGCGAGACAUCCACUUGGUAA